AUGCGACUAGAUGGUUAUAGUGUAGAAAUAAUAAUGGACGGAAAGCCUCUUCAAGAGUGUGAAGUCCUUUUAGAUGAAUGUACAUCUCUGGCUGCUCAACCUUCUUGCAUACUCGACGAGUCAACAGGAGAAUACAGAUACUGCGAAUACAUUACGUUUGCUUCAGUUCUUGAACUUGAUAAAAAUUAUUCGGUAAUAAUGUCCACCAACCAUGCUACAUUCCAAUCACCUAUUAGAGCUGACCUAUAUGUAGACGGAAUAACCGACUUUACGUGUCACGAGCUUAUUGACUCUUCUCGAAUUGUAAACGAUGGAUUUUGGAAUCACCAAUGGAAUAAAACACAUAAUUUUUCAUUCGAUUUCACUUCUCUAUCAAGCGUUAAACCUUCCAAACCAAUUGAUCAAUCCUCAGCCUUUAAUGUUCUUAAUGGACA